AUGGGGAACGAAGACCCUGGUCACUACCGGCGCGAGGAUGGUCAGCCAGCAUCGAAGAGGCGACGCGAACGUUCGGCGUCGCCUGAUCGCGAUGCAAGGAAACGUCAUGAGGACAGGCGUGACAGGGGAGGUCACGACCGCCGCCGCUCGAGGUCUCCGGGAACCGCGCGGCACAGAUCUCAUCACGAGCAUGACCGCCGCCGGGAACGACGGUCUGCGGUAGAUGGAGCAGGCAAGGGAGGAGUUCGGACCGCAGACCAUUCACGCCGGGGUCGCGAGGCCAGGCGCUCUCGCUCUUCCUCUGCUUCGCAGCAGCAACACCCUCACAGGCGACGGAGGCGCUCUUCGACCCACUCCCUGUAUUCUCCUGCUGAGCUGCCGUACUCGGCUCGUCAACUGUCGAAGGCCGACUAUGAUGCCUUCCGUCCACUGCUCGCGCGGUACCUGGAGGUGCAGAAGAACAAGUCCAUGGCGGACAUGGAUGAGCGCGAGGUCAGGGGCCGUUGGAAGAGCUUCGUCAGCAAGUGGAACGAGGGCUCCCUGGCCGCGGGCUGGUACGACCCAGAACUGUUCGACGAUACGAGGAAGCAUGCCAACUGGGCAACGGCACAAGGGCGCCCAGCACAGAAGGUUGAGCCCUCCCCGUUGGGCGACCAUGGGGUUGGUGGUAGGGCAGGAGAUGGGUUAGCCGGCGACGUUGUCUCUGAGGAGGGCGAGGAUGAUGAAGACGGUUACGGACCUGCUCUGCCAUCGAACCACCAUGAAAGGGGCAGCAAUACUAGAAGAGGGCCCAGCAUACCUAGUCUUCAGGAUCUAGAAGUCAGGCGCGAGAUGACAGAGGAGGAACGCUUAGAACGUAUCGAUCAGUUGCGGCUCGAGCGCAAAGCAGACCGCGCAGAGCAGAAAGCUCGACUCGAGGACCUGGUCCCCCGAGCGGAGGCGGGGACCCGCGAGAGGAAGCUCGAGAAGAAGGAGGAGGUCAACGAGAAGAUGAAGAGCUUCCGCGAGAGGUCGCCGGGCGCCGCGGAAGUCAACGACAGCGAGCUCAUGGGUGGCGGCGACGGCGUCGACGAAUACAAGCGGAUGAAGGCAGCCAACGAGCGAAAGAAGACGGAGCGGGAAAUUCGCCGGGAGGAGAUCAUGAGGGCAAAGAAUGAAGAGAGGGAGGAGAGGUUACGGGAGUAUAGAGAAAAGGAAGACAAGGCCAUGAUUGUUUUCAAAGAGCUGGCCAGGCAGCGAUUUGGAUGA